GCUGCUGCAGCGGGUGUCAAGGAGAGCGCUGGGCAGGUAAGGAAGCCAGUGCCUGGGGAGACAAGGGAAGAGGGCAGAGAGCUGCGGCACCAGAAUCGCUUUCAGGGGGAGAGAGCGGCUGAGCCCAGCACCAGCUGUGUUACGGGGGCAGGCGAGGGCAGCCCUGGCAAUAAAAGCUUAGAGCUAGCUGUGUACAAGAAGGCUGGGGAGAGGCUGUAGCUGGGAGGGAACCGCACUGAGCCUACAGGUAGCUGGGGCAAAGUCCAGGAGGUGGGUGCCUAGAGCCAGCUGUGCAGAGGAGGCUGGGGGAUAAAUGCUGGGCAUUGAGUCCUAAAGCCAGCAGUGUGCAGGGGACAGACGCUAGGCACUGAAUGCUAGAGCCAGCUGUGUGCAGGUGGGAUCAUGGGACAGACGGUGGGUAUUGAGGGCUAGAGCCAGCUGUGUGCCGCGGAGGCUGGGGGAGGAGCAGGUGCAAGCGCCGUCCGCUCUGCAGCAUGGCGAGGAAGCCUAGCACCCAGCUGCCAAGUGUCCUGCCCGCCCAGAGGAAGCUCCGCAGCGGUUUUGCCAAGUCCCGGCCCCUGUGAGGAGGGGAGAAGUUGGCGGUGAGUCUCUCACAGCAGCCAGCCCCCAGCCUCUGCCUGGCCCCGGCGCCCUGGGGAGGAGUCAGGUGUCUCCAGCGGGGCAGCUCAGCUGCGCCGGACGCCGCUACACCUGCCGGGAGGAGGAUGAGGAGCCGCCCUGCCUGAGGGGAGAUUGCCGAGUGGAACAGCUUCAACGGGAGAGUUGGAGGGAGCUCUCUGCCAGAAUAUCCCCUAGCCCUAUGGCUAGGGUGCUCUCCUACAAAAUGGGAGACCCAAGUUUAAAUCCCUUCUCCACAUCAGGCAGAGGGGGGGAGUUGCACCCAAGUCUUCCACAGCCCAGGGUUGACUUCUGCGUUGGAGCCUUGUUUGUGUUUCACUUAAGUUGAAAUAUUAGAAGCUAUGGCGAAAGAAUGCCUAAAGAACUGCUGCAAAGGGUGUUUCUACGUGGAGAAGGAAAAGAAUGACUUUUCCAUGGAGAAGGAAUCUGAAGCUGCAGCUGAAAACAGGCAAAGCAUUGUGGAGAAACCUCCAUUGUCUUCUGUGUCAGUUAAGCGUCAAGUUGGCUGUUCCGAGGAUUAUCUCCUUGCGAAACUGCCAUCGGAUGGCAGGGAGGUCCCAUUUGUGCUCCCUCAGCUUAAACUAGCUUACAUACAACCCAAGAAUCUUGGCAGUUUGUCGCACGUUGGGGAAAUUCAAGGAUCUGCCAGAGCAUUUGUUGGUGACAGGAAAGCAGAACUUUCCAAUAUAUACCAGCAGGGGCCCCAUGGUGACGUGGUGUAUAAUCCAUUCUAUAGGCAGCAGAAUAUUUCACCGGAUCUGACUAGGCGCUUCCCAGAAAAAUCGGAUGUGAGAUUAUAUGGAUCAGUUUGUGAUUUAAGGAGUAGCACACUUCCUGGAUCACCUGGUUUAAGCCAUUCGCUGUUUGAUCUCACAAAUCCACCCCAUCGUGUCAUCCAGAGAUAUGAUUCAGUCUCCAGUGUACCCAGUAGUACCUCCUCGAAGAAGGAUUCGCAAGGCAGUAACAGGAGCCUGGAUACCAUUACGUUAUCAGGUGAUGAACGAGACUUUGGAAGAAUGAAUGUGAAACUGUGUUAUGUUCCUUCUGCAGAACAGAUCUGGAUCACAAUCUUGCAUUGCAAAGAUCUGAGUUGGCCUUCUAGUUGUGGAGAAAAUCCUUAUAUUUCUGUCAAAGGAAUUCUGAUGUUGCCUAAGCCAGUGCAGUUCAAAUCUUCAGCCAAAGAAGGUUCCAAUGACAUUGAAUUCAUGGAAACCUUUGUGUUUACUAUCAAAUUGCAAAUUCUGCAGACUGUAAGACUAGUGUUUAAAAUCCAAACUCAGACUCCCCGGAAGAAAACAAUCGGAGAGUGUUCCCUGCCACUACGAGAGCUCAAUUCACAGGAAUCCGAUCAUUGGUUGGAUAUAAUGCCUCCUUCCAAAGUUUCAGUGUGCAAAGCAGAACUUCAAAUAGGAACCUGUUUUCAAGCAAUAAACAGCAGGAUUCAGUUACAGAUUCUUGAAGCCCAAAGCCUCCCAAGUUCAUCCACACCACUCUCUUUAAAUUUCUUUGUGAAGGUUUCAAUGUUUACUACAGAAGGGUUGAUUUAUAAGAAAAAGACUCGUCUAUUGAAACCCACCAAUGGCCAAGUGAAGUGGGGAGAAACAAUGAUUUUUCCAGUUAGCCUGAAUGAACAAGGAAUUAAUUUUCUCAUCAAACUCUACAGCAGGACCUCAGUGAGAAGAAAACAGUUCCUGGGACAGGUCUGGCUAAGCUCUAAUAGCAAUAGUAGUGAAGCAGCAGAUCAGUGGAGAGAUACAAUCGCAAACCCCGAAAAGGUAGUCAUUAAAUGGCAUAACAUAAAUCCAUCCUGAAGAUGUCAGAGAUGAAUUCAGUACUGAUAUGGACUUGCUACAAGAAACUCUUGCACUCUUCAAAUGAACUAAUACAGAUAAAAAGAGGGAAAAUACUAUCUACUUGAAUGUUUCAGGAAGUCUGGACUUGCAUCACAUAUUGUUAACUGGAAUAAGCCAAAAGGAAAAGGGAUCAGAGCUUUCACAGAGUACUGCUGGCAAAAUACUGAUAUGAUAACAGGUGGGAAUUAGUGAAACUGUACACUGAAGUAAAACACCACCUUGAGAAGUGAA